CAAUGUCAAUCUAGCUACCGGUACACAGAGACACAUUGGGCAAAGCUUCUCAGCCCGAGUCACGUGUUGCGCACCAAAUUUUUUGGCAGUCCAAAAAAAUCAUCCCUGCACCUGCUGAAUACGGAUUAGAAGAACGCCGACGCCGAGCACAGGCGAGAAAGGGGAGGACAAAGGGGGCCAGGAUGGCGCGGAACAAGAAACAAAAGGAGACGCAGGACGAGAGGGCGCUGCGUGUGGUGCGCCGCGACCACCGCGGCAAAGGGCCUGUGGCGAAUUGGGGUGAUGAUGCUGGCGCGUCGUCGUCGUCGUUGUCGUCUCGGGGCCGAGGGGGGCCGACAUACAGAGGCGGCAAGUUCAGAAUACAGGCCAGCAAGAAGCGGGAAGAGAGGGCAGAAGAGGAAGAAAGGGAAGAGGGCGAGUACACGGACGAGGAUGAUGAUAUGGAGAUUAGCUUCACGAUGGACAAGAGCGCCGACGAGCUCGCUCAGGCGCCCCCUCGAAGGGUCGACUCUCCUGCCAAAGGACAGUUGCAGCUGCAGGAGAGGAAUGGACUUUUGCUGCCAGGCCACGUCGAGAUCACUGCAGUGGCUCCGCCUGCCGAAGCGUCGUCUUCGUCGUCCUCAAAGCCAGAUGACGGGGCGAGUGUCGCUGCCUAUGGGCCAGGAGGGAAUAACGAUGGCGCCAUUGGUGAUUUCGUCGAGCUCGACGGUGAUCGCUCCGGUGCUGCUGCUCGCUACUGGGAGGUGGAACGGCGGGCGGAAAGGCUGGCGAGGGAGGAGUGCGAGCAGUGCGGUGAAAAGGGCCACGACAAGCGAGGCUGCCCGCAUACACAGUGCCUGGCCUGCGGCGUCCUCGACGAGCAUGCGACACGGGAGUGCCCGAUGGGCCGGAGCUGUUUCCGCUGCGGUGCGAGAGGCCAUCAGCUCAAGGACUGCCCCAAGCCCCGUCCACAGGCCUUUGCACGCGGCGGCCGGCGCGAGUGUCAGCGCUGCGGUGCGACGAGCCACAGCGAGGCAACGUGUGCGACGCUGUGGCGGGUCUAUGCCUACAACUACCCCGAGGAGUGGCAGGCAGAGCGCAAGCAAAAGGCGAGGGAGCUGGUUGCUCGCAGGCCAGUCAAUUCAGAUGGCGACGACGACGACGACGAUGACACAAGAACGUCCCAAAGGUCCCCGUCCCCAAGCUGGGAUCCUGCGGUGCGGUGGUGCUACAACUGUGCGACAAAGGGCAACCACUGGGGUGACGACUGCCCGCUGCCCCGCUGCCACCCGUACCGGGGCCACAUGGAGCCGACGGCCUACAGCGAAUUUGUCUCGCUGUCGGGGCCCUUUGCAACCAACUACGGCCCGCCACCUGCCACGGCUGUUGUGCGGGGCCAAGGCAAUGGCGACGACGAUGAUUACGAGGGUGGCCGACGGUACCGCGACUUUGCCGUGGGGCCCAGUGCGAGCAUGCAUGUCUGCUCAGAAGCACAGAUCCAGGCGAUUAAGUCGGUUGAUGCGCUCCUCGAGCAGCGCGCUGCAGGGCGCAAGAGCGGGCGAGGCAAGGAGCCGCCGCCGUUGUCGUCGUCGGCGAGCAAGAGCAAAGGGCCAGGAGCGCGGAGUAGGCUGCCAAAUGGCAAUGUAGACGAAGAGGACGAUGAAGAAGACGAUUGGUUCUCGAGGAAGCAGCAGCAGCAGCAAUCCUCGUCGUCGUCGUUGGGCAAAUCGAAGAGUCAAAAUCAGAGCCAAGGUGCUGCAGAUCAGUUGCCGAGCAGUGUCGCCACACGCGGCCCGCUCAAGGGCAUGCCCAAGAAGAAGGUCAAGGCCGACGAGCGAUACAAGGCCGAGGUCCACCGGGCGAGCCAGGCCCAGAGCCGCGCCAUUGACUAUCCCGCCGGCGAUGGCUUCUGGGCCGAGAAGAAGGAGGACCUCGAGGCGCUGCCUGCGGGCAUCGAGCGCGACCACGGCCUGACAAAGGAGGACCGCAAGGCCAUCUACAAUGCCGUGGGCAAGGAACGCGGUCUCGAGAUCUACAGCAGAGAGAUGCAGCGCUCCACUCAGGCUGCGGUGGCAAGGGUCAAGCACAAGUGGGGUGUGGAUUCGAUUGCACCGACGGAUGUGCUGGCCAAGGAGAGCAAGAAGGGCAAGAAGAGAAAGAGGAAGGACGAGAAGCAGGCUCAGAAGCGGGCGUCGGAGGCGGGCGGCAAGAAGAAGAUGAAAAAGACAGCAAAGGAGGACAAGGUAGCCAAGGCAAGCGAGGCUGACGCCAAAAAGGCGAGGGGCGCAAGGGGCAAGGGAGGAGCAGGCGCAGGCGCAGGACCGGAGACAGCGGCAGCCGCAGGGGGAGGGCCUGGCGCGAGGUACUUUGGCUCCUAUGCAGACGGCAGCGACUAGAGUAGGUAGACAGCUUCUCCAUCAUCAUGACAAUCAUCUGUGUGCAAUAUUCUUUUAUUUCAUCACAUUUCAAAGCUAAUCAUUGUAUGGUUGAGAGCAUCUCUGCGUCACGACAAAAGAAUCAGGUCGAGCCAUUGGGAAGCGGAGGAACGGGCGGGAUGCUUCGGGCCUCUUCCUCAUCGUCUUCGUCGUCCUCAUCGUCCUCUUGCGCUGCUAGGGCGGCUGCAAUCUUCAUUCUGUUGA